CAUUCCACACAUGCGGAGAAGCAACAAGCUACCGAACCAGCAGCAACAGCUAGCCGCCCGCCAGCAGCUAUCUCCGUCGGGGACGAGGCGUAUUAACAUGCAAAAGUUUAGAAACACGGAUUCCUUGUCCUAAGCAGGCACAAGAGUGACGUUCGGCGAAACCCGAGACGGCUGUGGAAACCAUGGGUCACGUCGGGCUCUCGUAAUAGCUAGUUAUUUGCGUUAUUUAGUGCUUCAAAUGUGCGAAAAGUCGCUCGGUGUGUCCUCGUCGUUGAACAAGAUGGCAGCAGCAGCAGGAGCAGCACCGUUGCAGGAAUCGACUGUGGUGCGGGUCCUCGUUGCUAGCCUUCUCUUUCACACCCUGGGCGAUACGAUUUACUGGUUUUGUUGAAGGUAUGGCCUCACAAGUCUUGGUCUACCCAUCACAGAUGCACUCAGCUCAAACAAGUGCCUUAGGAACCAGCAGUAGUGGUACCAGCAGACAUAUAGGUGAAGCCCACCGCAGUAAUAACACCAGCAGAGCCUUUCAGCACCGACCACCACCCAAAACCUAUGUGAUCGGAGUCAACUACGGUAUUGCAUAUCCCAACAACGUUGUCCCAUCCUCAGUCGGGGCUGAUUCAGGAAGACUGCACGCAGGAAUACAGCUCGGAGAAGGGGGGCUGUGGGCAUUGCAGACUGCAGGAAUACAGAGUGAAGAGAACCUUGGAGAAGGUCCAGCUUGGACCCAGGAUCAGCAUUCUCUUUGCCAUAGCAGAGGCAGAGGUCCACAGGAAGUGAGGCUUUAUAGGGACAGUGGUGGUACUCCAGUAGGAGGAGGCCUGGACUGUGGGCUGCUGAGUAGGGCCUGUAUCAGAGCGCAAGAGGACGGUGGUAGAAACAGAAGAGCACUGAGGCCAGGAGGAUACACCAAACUUUUAGACACAGCUGCCAUCCAGAGAUGUGAAAAGAAGACAGGUGAAAGUGGAGAACAACUGCAGGGAAACAACUGUGUCGGAACCAUGCAGAUAGUGGAGGAGGUAUCUGCUCUGCCUUCACUUCCUCCUCCGGUGGCCAUGUUGCAAACCAGCACUGGGAACUUUGCAGACACUGUCAGAUUAGGAGGUGGAGGGAUGCCUGCUCAACACAACAGGGUGGAAGGUGUGACAGACAUUGGAAUCAGGGUGGAUGGAACUGAAAUCAGGCCAAAUGGCAGUAACGAGGCAGUGGCCGGAGCUACGGUGACUAGAGCUGGGUCAGGAGAUGGUGACUACCAGUUAGUUCAGCAUGAGGUUCUGUGUUCCCAGAAGAACAGCUACGAGGUUUUGGAGUUUCUGGGUCGUGGCACCUUUGGCCAGGUGGUAAAGUGUUGGAAGAGGGGAACGAGUGAAGUGGUGGCUGUUAAAAUACUGAAGAACCAUCCAUCUUAUGCACGUCAGGGACAGAUUGAGGUUGAGAUACUGGCACGGUUGAGCAGUGAGAAUGCAGAGGAGCACAAUGUGGUGCGUGCUUUGGAGUGCUUCCAGCACCGCAGCCACACCUGCCUGGUGUUUGAGAUGUUGGAGCAAAAUCUGUAUGACUUUCUUAAACAGAACAAGUUCAGCCCACUGCCACUCAAAAUCAUCAGGCCUAUUCUGCAGCAGGUGGCAACAGCCCUAAAAAAGCUCAAGUCUUUGGGUUUGAUUCAUGCUGACCUGAAGCCAGAGAACAUCAUGCUGGUUGACCCCUCCAGACAGCCCUACAGAGUCAAAGUCAUUGAUUUUGGCUCAGCCAGCCAUGUCUCCAAGGCUGUCUGCUCCACUUAUCUGCAGUCCAGAUACUACAGGGCUCCAGAGAUUAUUUUGGGCCUGCCAUUUUGUGAGGCCAUAGACAUGUGGUCGCUGGGAUGUGUGAUAGCUGAGCUCUUCUUGGGUUGGCCUCUCUACCCUGGAGCGCUGGAGUACGACCAGAUCCGGUACAUCUCUCAGACUCAAGGCCUGCCUCCUGAGCAGCUGCUCAACAAGGGGACCAAGACCUCUCGUUUCUUCUCCAAAGAAUCAGAUUCUCCCUAUACAUCAUGGAGACUAAAAACAACAGAGGAGCAUGAGAAAGAGACGGGACUUAAAUCCAAAGAGGCCAGAAAGUACAUCUUCAGCUGUCUGGAUGACAUAGCCCACGUGAACUUGGUGCUGAGUCCUGAUAACGCUGACAUGCAAGCAGAGAAGGCAGACAGGCGGGAGUUUGUGUCUCUGCUUAAGAGCAUGCUGUUGAUCGAUGCCGAAGACAGGACUGUUCCCACCAGUGUCCUCAGUCACCCCUUCCUCACUAUGACUCAUCUACUGGACUACCCUCACAGCAACCAUGUGCAGUCAUCUUUCCGCAUCAUGGACAUGUGCCACACUCGGUCCAGCAAUGCAGUUUUUGACGCUCUCAACCAGAACACCAUUCAUUUCUCAAGACCACCUCUAGCUCCCCCUGCCUCCUCUGGCCUUCUGGGCUACAGCAACAUACCAAUCCACACUCAGCAGGCUAUCACCCAGUCUGCUCCAUCAGUGUUGCAUCCAGGGAUAGCUCUGACAACCGGAAAUGGUCAGUUUGGGUGCAGUGACUCAUUCCCACCUGCCCUCCUUCUUUGUCCUCCAACCAUGCAAGGCAACCUUAAUCAGCCAGCAGGUUAUUCUGUCCCCAUGGCAACUCAGGCACCUCCUAUACAACCCUUACCUGUGAGGCCUGGUGUAAUAGCUCAGCAGGCCUGGUCUAACCGGGGGCAGCAGCUCCUUGUCCCAGCAGCCUGGCAGCAGAUGACUCCAGUAGGGCCUCCUCCCUCUCACCCACCACCACCACCACCAUCCUCCCUAACCAACGAGACCACAGCUGGACCACAGCGGAUCAGCGACUGGGGGAAAGUGCGUCCACACAACAGCCACUAUAACGCAGUGAUCAAACAACCUCUCCUGACUAAUCAGAUGCCAGCGCUCUCGGCCCAUCAGCCGAUCAACAUCGGCAUAGCUCACGUUGUGUGGCCACAGCCAACCAAUAAAAGGAACAGGCACAGUCACAACAGGAACCUGUCUCACUCCAGCAACGUCCACAUCACUGGAUGUCGGACCCCCAAAAUGGCUGAUGCUGUUGAACAGGCAGUGGCAGGAAGGGAGCAGCGUCAAAGGGAGGUGCCUUUAGUGGAAACCAGGCAACCACAAGUUCAAAACACAGAUGAGGAUGAUGAUGAUGCAGAGGAGGAAGUGAGCUGCUUCAAAGAGGUGGCGACGAACGCUAAUAGAGAGUCUGACUUGCUCAGGCAGCGAGAUGUGGCGGUUCUGAUGGCCGACACUGAAGGGAGCCCUGCUCCCAGCGUUAUCAGCAUCCGCAGUGAUCUGACAGAUGCAGAGGACGAGGGUGGGGAGGAACAACCACUGAGGUGCCGUCUGAAUGAGUGCAAAGAGAAGUGUGUGUGUGAGGCUUGCGGAAACACCAGUUUGUCUAUGGAGAGAGUGUGCUCACUGAGCAGCCCCGACAGCAGCCUCAGCACCAGUUCGUUUGCCUCGAACUCUCUUCAGUCCAGCCCUUCAGUCUCACCAUGCAAGAGAGCCAACAGCAUGUCUGAGGAUGAUGGUCACGAGAGCGGCUGUGACACAGUGGAAGGCUCCCCCUCAUCCGACACGUCGACUUCCCCUCGCGGCAACAGUUCCUAUCGUUACCUUGACAACAGUAACCACAACAACCACCCGUCUUUGGCUGCUGUGGUAGCGCCACUACCUUCGCCUACUGUGCAGGGCAGGAGCCCACGUGGCAUCAGGACAAUGGUAGUUCCACCAAUGAGAGUGCAGAAUAACAACACUCAGGGGAUAGAGGAGCGUGUCCAGAGAAACGUCUUAGAGUCCUGGUCCCGGUCCAAAGGGCGAUGCAGCUUCGUAGGACAACAGAGCACUCCCUCCUCCAUCCCCCUCCUCCCAUCCGCCCCCCUGCUGUCCCGACAGCAAAAGGUGACUGGGCAGCAGCAGCACCCUCUGGGCUUUGGACAGGUGCAGCCAUACGCUUCAAACCAGAGCAGCAAAGAAUGGAACGGCAACUAUGGGCCUCUGCGGCCGCAUGCCUACAUUCCCCCUACUGUCCACACGCACACCUUCAGCCCCACACACACCUCAGCCGCCCCCCACACUCUGCUGUCUUACCCUCCCAGCGGCCCACUCACCACCGCCCACCAUCCCCACCCCAUCCUGCCCUCUCGCCCACCUCCUCCCCCUCUCCUCCAGCAUGGCUACGGUCUUUCCCACCCCCAAGGAGGCGCUAUAGUUCACCAGGUGACCCUGAGCAUCAGCGCCCACCCUCACCACCCUGGACACCCCGCUCCCCACCCUCACAGGCUCCUCCCUUCCCCAACCAUCCACCCGCAUCAUCAGCCCGGAUACGCCACCCACCCCCACCAGUUCAAGCCUCCCUUCCCUCCUCCACCGCCCCCUCCUCACCCUUACAUGGCCUCCCCAGCUGCCUACACAGGCUUCCCUCUGAGCCCCACCAAGCUCAGCCACCACCCCCAGUUCUCUUAUAUCUGAAGAGCAGGGCGGGGCCACAGCAGUACCUUCUGGUCAGGAAGGGCCACGGGAAGUGGACAGGGGCAUCAACCUGGGCCGGGAGAGCUAGCAGCAGAGCACAAAAUGGACGCAUGUAAUGAUGAAGAUGAGCAAGAAGAAGAUGGGAAGAUGGAAAACGAUGUAUCAUAGUGGACCGACUAAGAAAAAAAGUAACAAUGCCGAAGAUGACGUUAAAGUUCUGAGGACAAAGAAAUUCCCAGCCUGUAAUCCCGAUUCAUUGAUUAUGUUUUGAUUGUCGGAGCAUCGUGAGCUCUGAAAGACUUUCCGUGAAAACGACUAACGGAGGAAAUAAUAGAUUAAAACCACAAAGCUUUAAAGGGAGCGCAACAGGAGUGAAUGAAUUCAUAUGACAAUAAGGAAAUUUUAAUUAAGAAUGUGUCCUUUGCAUGUUACCUCCCAUCAGUGGUUGUUGUUCAGAGAGUAUGAUCUAAUUCACGGCUGGAAAUCAGUAGUUGUUGCUGUCAGGCGGCCCAGCCUCCCUCCCCCUUUAUCCUUAUUGCCUUGUAGCAUGUGCAAGCCGGUCAGAUUGUGUUUGUUAAGCCAUCCCAGUGUGUAUCGACGACCGCUGAUAGCCCCCCCAGCCCCUCUUUGUUUCGGGCUGCUGCCCUCUCUUAGUGCCUUAAAACGAGUGUCUCUGACGUUACUUCAGGAGCUUAUACAGUAGAUUGUACAUUUAAAUAGUCUUGCAGCACUUAACCUACAGAGUUUAAAUAAGAUGGGCUUAUUGGAUACAUAUGAGGUUAAUCCUUGUUUUUAUGUUAUAAUAUUGGCAAACGUUGGACUUGGGUGUGCUUUCUAAGUCAGAGUAUGGAUUUCUUUUAGCUAGAGGCUGCACACAUAGGGCUUUGACUGAAUGAGCUUUUUAUGUACAUAAAGAGUGAUUUGAUAUUUUGAUAAUCGUUUUCUAUUCACUAUAAUACUUAAUUCACAACAGUAUUGUCACUGUUUACUGUAACUGCAAUACAAUCUAGAUAGACUCUGGGUUGCUGUGUUUUUAUUAUUUGGCAUUUAGGCUAGACUUGCAUUAAUGCAUUUUACGUUCUAGAUUUUGGGAGUGGCAUAGACUUUAAAAAAACAUGAAUUUUUAUGUUUUUACUUUAAACUGCUUUUCAGUGUUUGAAAUAACCUAUCAACUUACAGUAUCAGUGCUGGGCUAUCGAGUAUUAGAGUUAUAAUCGUUUGAAAUUAUUCAUGUGAGGCGAACCUUUUUUUUUUUUUUUUUUUUUUUUUUGGUCCAUGUAUUGAAGCCUGUUGUCAGUUUUGAUACAUUCCUUCAGGGUGGAUGCAUAGCCUUGAUUUGUGUGUUUCUAGUGUUUUUCGACUUUCUUUUCCCCCCACCGUGUAGUAGAGCUGUGUCUUUACCCGUCAUAUCAGCUGGUAUUUUACUCCAAUCAGCACCAAAGACUGUUUGUUUUUAAUAAUUUCUGAAGCAUGGUCGACGAUAUUUCUCUCUUUUUCCCCUCCAGCAUACUUGUUGCGGUUGUCAACAUUGGAAUAUAUUGUGAGAUCUCUAUUUUGAGUGUUUCGGUUGAGGUUUUAUUAUUAUUAUUAUUUUUUUCUGAGCUGUGUUUGGCAAAUUGUUUUUUGGAAUGUAUUAGAUAAUAAGCUGCUAUGUACUGAUUAUCUGCCACUUCGUAGCUGUGAAUUUCGAGGAUUAAUCUCAUUCUAGCCUGCAUUCUCGCUCUUGUAUUGUAGUUCUGACAGCUAGAUACAAUAGAAGUGGGGUUUAUUUUGAUCCUAGAGUAUAUUGAAUGCUACUCUAUAUGCUAGUGCCUCUGUAUAUUGGCUUUGUUGUUUUGAAGUGAUUGUAAACUGCUGUAAUGGAAGUUAUGAGUUUUCCUUUUCUCUUUUUUUCCCUUUUUUUUUAAAAAUUCAGUUGCUUUUUGGUGUGUGUGUGUGUGUGUGUGUGUGUGUGUGUGUGUGUGUGUGUGUGUGUGUGUGUGUUUUUUGUGCGUAUGUAUUUAGCAUCAGUAUUUCAAGCGUAGGCUGGGUUCACUCUUUGAUUCUGUGUGCUCUUGACGUAUUAUCGUUUUUCUUCUUAUUUGCGUUAUCGGACUGUAUUCGCAAUUCUUCGUACUGUACAACUAGUGCCUUUCUUCAUACGAGUGGCUGAGAGAUGACGUCUCGCAUCGAUAUCAAAGCAGUCACGCGUUAAGACUAGUUUUCUUUCUAACGGGAUCAGAUCCUGUUUUCACAAAACAAGAAGAAAAAAAAAUCCAAAGUUUGUUUAUUAGACCGACAUGUCGUCUAAAAACAAUCCCUCUUUUCACAGAAUCCUAAGAAGGUUCAAGUCAGGGAAUGUUUCAUCGUGCUCACCGUAUUUGUGCAGUACUGCAGAACAUAGGGCCUGAACAUACACAAAUGCAAAGCUUUACUCUCAAACAGUGAAUGUAUUUGUGGAACUCGACAUCUGUUUGUGGUUUUUCAAAUGUUGUUGCAUUUCUGUUGGCUGCACAGCUUUUUUUUUUUCUUUUGUUUUUUUUGUGAUUGGGAUGUUGAUAUGCAGCUAUUACCAUAGGCAGACAUCAUGUGUUUCAGUCAGGGGCUCCUUCAAAAGGCUUUAUCUAUCAAUUAAUAUUCAAAGGUUUAGCUCCAAAGUUAUACCACCCUGAUCUGCUUAUUGUAUUACAUCAUAUUUGUUUUUGCUAUGUUGCUUAAUUAAUGGGUGUAUCCUGUUUGGUUUUUUUGUCUACUAUUCUACCGCGUUGAUGAAUUUAAAGCGAUGCGUGAUGGUGCGCAGUUUGGCUUGGAGUGCAACUGCACCGUAACAUGUACUCCACUCCAAGGAAAAUCAGUUUCUAAAUCCUGUGGCAUGCAGCCCCUGUGUGUAUUCUUCUGUCAGCCACGCACAGGUGAUGAGAUGUACCAAAUUCAGCAACAUCGCACGCCACAACCCCCCCCUUCCCUCCCUCUCCGUUUGAGGUUAACAAUCUCAAAGGCACUAGAGGGGUUGCACGGCCCAGGAUCCAAAAGCACUUGGUGCUCAGCAUCCUCGAGCAGGCCUGAGGACUGCUCGGACACCAAUGAAACACAAGGGGAAACCUGAACUUUCUGUGACAGAGUUCCUCCUAUAGGCAUUGUAAUUACUGAGUCCCCCUUAUUAAAAAAACAAACAAAAACAAAAACAAAACAGCAAUAAUCCAAAAAUGGCUCCACUCUUAACACUAAAAUUUGGAACCCAGGCCUGCCUUUAUUAGCGCUCGAUUAUAUCAAAGCUACCAAACAUCUUCUCAAUGUCUCAUAUGGGCUGAAAAAUAAACAGUAUGAACACAUGAAUUUUUGUAUGGCACCUAUGAAAUUAUCGGGUUAACAUUUGUUGUACUUGGACACAAUUAUGUAGACAUGAUUGCUAAAUUGAAUCUGUUACUGUUCUAAAUGUGUGUAGAUUUGUGUGGCUUUGAUUUUUCAUUUUGAUUUUAUUUUUUAUCUUAAAUGCUACACUAGUGUGACAUGUAGCAACUGCACUGUGCAAUAUACAUCAAUUUGAGGACUGGGGAAAUGAUAAUUGUUUGGUUGUAAUUAUGUGUCUUACCAGUUUGCAGUCGUUUUCCUGCCCCUCGCCCCUCCUCUAGUUCUCAGUGAGUUUCAGUGUGACCAAGCCGUUUGUACUUUGUCACAAAAAGCGGGUUCCUUCUUGGUGACUCUUAUUGGUGAGUGUCAAAUUAUGAAAUGAUGGUGUACCAUGUCAAGAUUCACUUUGAAUUAAAAAAAAAAAAUCUUUUGCUUCA